GUUUUGGCGUGGGGUGGGUUCGAAUCUUCUCGACGCAGUUGAACUCUAUCUCUCUUGUCCUUUUACCUCAAAGCAGCGCACAUUUUGCACCAAAAUGGGAAGGUCGAGCACGUUGCAAUGUGAAGUUCAAUUGCUAGAUGAUCAGAGCACGAUUCUGGAUCUAGAUAAAAAUGCAAAGGGUCUAGUUUUGUUCGACAAGAUCUGUGAGAAGAUUGAAGUUGCUGAGAAGGACUACUUUGGUUUGCGGUACAUUGAUGAAAAAGAUGGACAGUACAACUGGCUUGAUCCACUCAGACCAAUUAAGAAACAAUUGAAACAUGAGCCAUACCAUUUCUACUUUGCUGUCAAGUUUUAUCCACCAAACCCAACUGCCCUUGUGGAAGACAUCACCAGGUACUUAAUGGUUUUACAACUGAGAGAGGAUCUUCUGAAAGGAAGAAUACAGUGUUCCAUCCCUAUUCAUGCCCUUCUUGGAUCAUUUGUUGUGCAAGCGGAAGUUGGAGACUAUGAUCAUGAUGAACAUGGGGAUGGUGCAGGGUAUCUCUCAGAGUUCAAAUUCUGCCCAAAACAGCCAGAUGAGAUGCUGCAGAAAGUACACCAGUUUCACGCUAAACACAGAGGAAUGACACCAGAGGAUGCAGAAUUGCAGUAUCUGGAUAAUGCAAGGAAACUCCCCCUGUAUGGAAUCGACCUUCAUCAGGCUGCAGAUGCUGAAGGGCAGCCAGUAAUUAUUGGAGUGUCAGCUUGGGGCAUUCAUAUCUUCCACAACAACAGACUGAUUAACAAGUUUGUUUGGCCAAAGAUUGUGAAAAUUGCUUUCAAAAAGAAGAAGUUUACCCUAACAAUCAGGGCAGCUAGUGAGAGUGAUUACUACGCAGCAACAGUGCUGAGUUUUAAACUGGGAAGCUUAAGAGCUACAAAGCGACUUUGGAAGGUUGGAGUUGAGCACCAUUCAUUUUUCCGACUGUCACAGGCUGAUCUUCCACCUAAAGAUGUGGGAUUUAUCAAGCUAGGCUCCAAGUUCAGAUACAGCGGCCGAACCCAGCAUCAAGCGCGUCACAGCCAAGAGAUCCUUCGCAAUCCCCGAGAUUUUGAGCGUGUUUCAAGCAAACGCUUUUCAUCAAAAGUCCUUGAUGGAAAUCGCAGGACAGAGGAUAUUCCAGAAGUACCAUUACAAGAGGAAGAAGAAAAGGUUUUUGACGAAGAAAAGAAAGAUGACGAAAAGCCAGCUGAGAGUACAGAACCAGGUGAAGCUCCUGUGGCAACCGUUGAAGGGUAAGAGUUGUCUCGUCUAUAAAUU